ACCCUUUCAAAGAUGGCGGCCAACGGCAGUAGCAGCACGAAGAACAAAUCCAGUAACGGUGCUGGAGGAAAACAGCCCGGGCCGUCGGCCGAACAGGUGCUGGCGACCUUCAAGAGGAUGCGUCAGGAGCAGCGUGGCAUGGCCUCCAAAGCAGCAGAGUUUGAGAUGGAGAUUAUUGAGCACAGCUUAGUAAUUGACACUCUGAAGGAAGUGGAUCCUUCCAGGAAGUGCUUUCGUCUGGUGGGAGGAGUGCUGGUGGAGAGGACCGUAAAAGAAGUCCUGCCGGCACUGGAAAACAAUAAAGAACAGAUCUCAAAGAUCAUCGAUACGCUCAACACACAGAUGCAGACGAAAGGACGGGAGCUCACGGAGUACCGGGAACGCUACAACAUCCGGCUGGUUGGAGAAGGCGAUGAGGGGCAAGGCCAGUCGACAACAUCCUCAAGCGACACUGAGGGGGGCGGGUCUAAAGGCGGUGCCGGUGUUCUGGUGUCUUAGUUUGCGACGGCGGAGGGCCCUGUGACUUCUGCAGCAAUGAAAACAUGGGUAGAGACAUGGAAACUAGGUUCAAAAAUGGACUGUAAUGCAGGAAAACACAGGAGUUGAGAGAUUUUGAGUUAUUUUUUCAAGCGCAGAAAGUUAUCUUUGAGUUAUUUAUAACACUGUAAGAUGAAUGAAACAAAUUCAAACAGCAACUCUGACACUGAGGUAGGCCAGGGCUUUGUGUUGGGCACUAUUUGGGUUCAAGGCAAAGGUUAGUGUGCCUUUCAAGUCUGAUGCAGUUUGUGCUACACUUGCCUCUGUGGAAGCUGCAUGACACUUCAGAUUAUGCUGAAUUAUCUUGGUUUACGUUUAGAACGGCAGAAUUCAAGCAUCCACACAGUUCACAUUUUCAGUUCCUUCCUUUACGUCUCACCUUACCAUUUACAUGCUUUUUGCUCAGUUCCAACGUGGUUAUGAGCUGAAACAAUGGUUAAUAUUUGUAAUGUCUUUAGUCACGGGGGGGAGGGGGGGUUCCUUAUUGUUUUUAUUUUGUUGCAAUGUGAUAACAUUAAAAUGCGUGGUCGCCAUGACGUACCUUAAGACACAACACAAAGGACCUAAUGUGAGGGCUCACUGUUAUCAAUGAAUAUAUGAUCGCAAUGCAUUUUGGGAAAAAAGUGUUCUGUGGUUUGUUUGGGCAUGAAUAAGUUAUAUAUUAUAUUUGGAGUAAAAGAUGUAGUUGGUAUGAAAACAGGGAUGAACAACACUGCUUUGGGGGAAAAUAAAAGCUGAUUUCAUAGGGCCCUGUAGUGGGUUUCAUUUGUGCGAAAAGCCGCCACCCUCUCCAUGUUGAAGCUGGUCCCGGAAGCCGUUUUAACUCUCGUGGCCAGGAAGUUGUACUGUCUUCCCCUCUCAUGGAAACACACCUCACUGGUUUGUUUAUUUCCCCAGUGUGAAACAUUUCAAAACACACGUACAACAGCUCUUACUAUUUCAAACACUGCGGUCAUGCAGAACACAACAUGUGAGCUUUGGUCCAGUCUUCUGGAAACAGGAAAAUUAGAAUCAAUUCCGCUGAACCUGUCUGGGAUGGAGAAAAUGGCCUCUAGCAUCUGGAGUGUGCUGUCCGCCGUGUCCAUACACUCAUGUGGUGGACAAACAUGUUUUUGUUAAUGGUUAUGGAUUAAAAGUAUAUCAAGAUUGUG